UGUCCUUGCGUGAGGACGUGCGUAGAUCACCAUACAUUUUUCGCAGUAUUACGAACAUCGGCCAUUCUGAACAGCAAAAACAAGAGAAAAAAUUCCGAAAAAAAGAACCGAACCGAACUGUACUGAACUGAAACCGCAGGAUUGAACUCUUUGCUUUGGCGUGCGUGUGCCCGAUGCAGUUUUUGUGUUUUUGACACAGCAUUUACCAAAACAGAAGGCGGAAAAUAGGAAAAAGGAUAAAGGAUCCGGCGAAGGAUCUGCCAUAGUCAAAAACUGUGUGUGCGUGUGUGUGGGUGAGGCUGUUGCUUCUUUCCCCUUUGUGUCCAUGUGUGUGUGUAUGUGAUGUGUUUGUGCAGUCACGUGUUCUAAGGUGAUUUUAACGAGUUCCGUGAUACGCGAAAUGAGAUAAGGAACGAGAAAGGAGCAAAAUCUGAGGAGCUUAGGCGGACAAAAAAAAAAAAAAAAAAAAAGGAGCAACAAGGAGCCAGAGCCAGAAACAGCCAACAACCAAAUCCUCGUUCGCCAGGACACACAGGAUACUCGCUCGUUGCGCCGCAAAGGAUUCGCAGAUAAAUCAACCGAAAAUUGCAUAAAAUAAAAUUGUUUGCCAAAUUGUGCGCAGCCAGAGAACAAAGAAAAAAGAAAAACAAAAGCAGAAAUCGUAUGCAAAUACACAUGUGAAAUAUGACUGGCGAAUUACAUUGACAAUUUUGUGGAAAUAUUUUUGGAAAAAGACACAGUUAAUAAUAACCUGAAGCAAAACCUUGAAAAUACCUAUAUCAACAUGAGGUUUCCACCUAUCGUAUACCAAACUGCUUUUAGCACAAUAUUACUGGCAAUCACAUUAGAUCUGACCGCGGCACUAAAAGAUGUCCGGGUGAGGGUUCCACAUGCCGUGAGGCGUAGUGAGAAGGCCAUCCUGAAAUGUUUCUACGAUAUCGAGGAUGAUAGUCUGUACUCCGUGAAAUGGUAUAAGGGCCGACGAGAGUUCUAUCGGUACACUCCCAAGGAAACGCCGCCCAUGAAGGUCUUUCACUUCCCAGGCGUCAAAGUGAGACGCGUGUCCUCGAACGAGAGCCAAGUGGUCCUCGACGCGGUAACAAUGGCUACAUCCGGUAAAUACAGUUGCGAAGUAUCGGCGGAUGCGCCCUCAUUUCAUACAUUAAUAGCGGCAGCAGAAUUGGAAGUUAUUGAAACGCCGCACAAUGCGCCAUUCAUAACGGGCAUACGUCCCCGAUAUCGGGUCGGCGACAUAUUGCGAGGUAAUUGCACAUCGCGACACUCGCGGCCGGCGGCCAAUCUCACAUGGACAGUGAAUAAUGAAGAGGUUAAUCCCGCCCUCGUGCGACAUCAUAAAAUUCUUCGAGAUGCCCGAAACGACAUGGAAACCGCCAUUGUAGGAAUUCACUUUGUGGUUACCGAUCAGCAUUUCGACAAUGGAAAGCUCAAGCUACGCUGCAGCGCCCAACUGCACGAUGUCUAUUGGAAGACCACCGAGAAGAUCGUCCUUGAAGCGGAUUUGUAUCCCAAACACGGAAGUGUGGCCAACGGGAAUCAUGUUAAUCCCGAUGAUUUCUAUGACCAGUAUGCACUGCACGAGGACCACUUCCACAACAAGAAGAACAGCUACCUGACGCAGAUUCAGGAAUUUCUUUUUCCUUUUGUAUCCUCAGGCGGAGAAGAGGAUGGAUCCGAGGGCGGCAUGGAGGACGGUGGAGCCGCCUGGCGAGGCGCCGGCUCGUCCAGUUGCCGUCCAAGUGCGAGUCAAUCCUGGGCGGCGUUCGGUGGAUCGCUGCUGGCGGUGCUCAGUUGGACGCUGGCCAGGCAAUUAGUGUCGCCGUUGCAGGCGGUGACGACAAAGGCCGGCGGUGCAGCGUGCAACACGAGCGGAAGGUGCACAAUCCGGCGGACAAGCCCCUUCGGAAUGCGGGUCAUCGCAACAAAGCAAAUGCAAAAGCAAAAGCAAAGGCAGCUCGAGCAUCGCAAGUCCUGCCUGCGGGUGUCGAAUUUUAGCUGGAAAGGACGCGGAUGCGGAUGCGGAUGCGAAUGCGGAUGUCGAUCCGAAUGUGAAAACGGCAUCAGCAGCAACAGCAGCAACAGCAGCAAGAGCAGCAGCAGAUGCAUCAGGCAAUUAACAUGAUUCAAUUGUCACGCAACUCCAGUGCCACACUUCAGGGGUAGAAUUUAAAGUGGAGUCCAGCUAUAUAGUUAGAUGAUGUGCGGGAGAGUUCAGCCCAAGGCCAAGACCCAGAAGCAACUGCAGGAUGUAUCUAAAAUAUUUACACUAACACACCAGACACUCGUUUCAGCUAGCUCAAAGUAACUUCAAAUGCAUUUAAGGAAUGAUUACAAAACAUACAAAGACAAUGUAACAAGAUAAGCGAAAUACAAGCAAAUUGCUAGUUCAUCAUAAAUGCAGCGAUAUCUAUUUGUUCAAUUUUUCCUAAGGUGGAGGUGGUCAGAGGGUAUAAACUGUCGUAAAUUCCAGUUUUCAAUACCUUUAAAUGUCAAACUUUUUGAUGGGAUAUUUUAUUAAAUUUCGAAGCCCCUUGGCCAUCUCAAAAAUUCAUUUCACAAAGCAAAUGAAAAAUGUUGUGCUAAGCUUUUAGUUUUAGGUUCUCUAUACAUUUAUAUUUAUAUAUCGAAGUCAAGAUUAUUUAUAAAUCGUAAAAAGAUAUUUAUAUAUAUGUAUAUGUUCUAUAUAAAAACAAAAGAUAUAUAUAAACAUACUACGCCUAAUUGUAUUUGCCCCCAAAGAAAUCCCCCUAAGACGAAAAGUGUAAGGCAAAAGUAAGCAAUUAGAUCUUAAGUCUAAAUAUUGCCUAUAUAUGUAAAAGUAUAUAUGUAUUGUACUUGUAUAUAUUAUAUAAAUGAAACGGAAACCAAAAAGAUGAAAAUUGUAUGAUAUAAGAAUUUACGGUAGAUAAUCAAAAUAAAAACAAAAGCGAGACAAAA